AUGGGAGACCAAAUGAAUAACUAUGAAAUAAAUUAUAAUUAGCCCGUUCAUCCUUUACCUCAUAUGUAUCAAAUGUAUCCACCAAAUAUGAAUCCUUUAUAUCAACCUCACAAUAAUAUUGCCCCUCACCAUUUUAGCUCUAAUCCUAAUAUUUAAUUCUCUCCUCCUCAAACACAUCAAUAACACCUCCCAAACACCUCUAAAGGAAUGAUGAUUUAUAACUAAUAACCUUCGGGUUCAGCUCAGAACUCAAAUUAGUAAAAUAUAACGAGCGUGGGCUCAAAAGGACAUAUUGAUGGCAUGGCUUACAAAAAUUAGCAUGAAAGUUAGCCAAAUGCCAAAUAAAAUGUUAGAAUCCCUCAAGGAAAUGGCUCGUACACGCAUUUAAACCAUACAAACCACUCUAACCCACCUUUUAAUCCAAACAAUAGUUCGCACUUGAUAAUGAACAACUCUCCUCCUCCUUUAACUUAAAACAUGAAGGGUCGUAAUAUCAAUACUAGAAGCAUAAACACAAAUGGCCUCAUUUAAGAUCAGUAUAGUAACGAGGAAAAUUAAGAAGGAAACCCAAAUAACAAUAGUAACAGCAAUAAUAAUACUCUCUUAGCAGGUAACAGUUAGGUGAUAAAUACUAAACCUUUAUAAGAACACUUAGAGCUUAGCAACUUCAAAGUAGAGCCUUGCUAAAACACAAAUGCUCAUAAUCAUAAACAAUGUAAAUAUUACCAUACUUAAAGAGAUAAAAGAAGAUAAGGAGUUAACUAUACGAGUGAUUAGUGCUAACAUUAACUUGGAAAUUGCCCUGAUGGCGAUUACUGUCUGAAAGCUCAUAAUAAAGUUGAAGAACUCUAUUGCCCAGACAAAUAUAAAACUAAAUUUUGUACCCACUACCCAAAUAUGUGCCACAACUGUGAAUAUGGUAUUUAUUGCUCAUUUGCCCACGAUGAGAGUGACAUAAAAAUAGAUCUGAUUGAAAAUUAUGAAUUUGAUGAAGACUUCUAUGUCUUUUACUAUAAAACUGUUUGGUGUCCAUUCAAUUUUAUAAAGCACGAUAAAGCUUAAUGUGUUUAUUCUCAUAACUGGUAAGAUUAUCGUCGUCGUCCUUAAGAUUAUAAUUAUGAGCCUGUUUCUUGUCCUAACUGGAAACCUGCUAGCUACAUCACAAAAUACGAAGAAGGAUGUCCUAACAAAUUUGACUGUAACAAAUGCCAUGGCUGGAAGGAAUCUGAAUAUCACCCUCGUAAUUAUAGAACUAAACAAUGUACACAAACAACUAAUAAUGAAAAAUGCAACAAAGGACCAUAAUGUCCCUACUAUCACAACGCAUAAGAAAAGAGGAACAUCCCAUAAAAUAUUUAAGAGGGACUAUUCAAAUAUCGUCCAAGAAAUAGAAAUAUUAGAGGUACUUAUAAAACUCAAUAGGGUUAAACACCUAAUGAUAGCUAACCUUUUGCAUCUGCUCGUCUCAACUAACUAAAUAGUACUCAAUCUCUUCCAGAUCAUCACAGUAAUUUAAAGAUAUUUGGUACUGCUUCUAAGAAAUAAUCAACUUGCAUGUCUCCUAUUAUUCAAUGUGAUUAACAAUAAGCAAGUGAUUAAGAUAAUACAAAUGGAAUACCACCUGUUGCUAUUAAAAAGCCAAUCAGACUUAACACAACCUCCUAACUAGAAUCUAUAAAUAAAAAAAAUUCAAUUUAGAAUACUCACGAGGACAUGAUUUAUUGCGACUAAAAUUAGUUUGAUGAUGAAUAAACAGAAAGUAUUCAUGGAAUUAUGUCUGAAAACAACAGAUGGGCAAAUAUUAAUGGAAACACUCAUCCACCAACAUAGCAACAAUUUUUCUAAAUAUUUAGUUAAAAGUCUUAUGAAAACUUUAGCACAAAUUUGGAAUAUAACAACAACAAUCAACACUACUAACCUAACCAUACCAACUUCCAUAAUAACCCCAAUAUGAUACAUAAUAAUAGCAAUAACGGAUUAGCGAAUCCUGAACUUAAUGAAGUCAAUUAAUAACUUGGUCAUUUUUCACUUUAAAACUAUGACAACAGUUAAAGUGACCAUAUUUGA